AUGAUUGCCUUUAAAUUCUUUCCUAAGUGCAAAUUUCUAUUCUCCAAGGACACGAUGAAGGCCAGAGUGAUUCAACACGAGUCCAUCGAGCUUACUGACAUGGGAAGCCACUCCCCCCUUUGCGAAGACAACAUGAUAGCAGAGAGUAUAUUUUGCAAGGGAGUGGAGGACAAUUCGCUGCGUUGUGAAAUUGAGAAAAUCCUUGUCAACCAUGGGAUCUCAUUCCAGGAGGUCACUUUCGAGAUGGGAGAUGAGUCUUGCUAUGAGAACAGAGUAUCUGCCCCCUAUGUGCGAGUGAAGUGUGCCACCGGUCGUGUGCCGCAUUCAACCUGGUUCGAAGUAAAGGGACAGAUCGCUGAUGUGCUUCUGAAAAGAGAUUUGGGGAUAUUUAAGAUCGAUAUAAAGUCCGACAUGCCUGACAGGCCUGUUGAGCCUGUUAGGUGUCUUAAAAACAAGCCUUCCGCGUCUAGAUUGGGUUGGUUUCGUUUAUUGGGAUGA